AUGGCUUUUGUUGCGGAUCAAUUCUUCCCCGACAUGGAUGCGACAACCCUCAAUGAAUGGGUUGACUUCGAUCAAUUCCUCGAUCUCCCUCUAGGCUACGACGACCAGUCGACCGCCACCACCGUCUCACCCCAGGACUUGGCUCUGCCUUAUGAGGCAGAUGGGAUCUUCACCUCUCCGUCUGAUUUCAUGCAAUCCCCCUUCGACAUGACUAGCUAUGAUACCCCACAAGAAGAGUUCAUGGGAAUGAAUGGAGGUUUCAUGCAAGACCCGGCUGCUCCUUUGUUCGAUGAUGCUGCAUUCUUGGGGUACAACCCAUACGACAGCAGCAACACGUUCCGGAACUUGGUUGAGGCGCAGGCCGCUGCCGACCCGCGUGUUGCUAGUAUAAAGGAGAAGCGCCGUGAGGCAGCGAUUGCGCUGCACCUGCAGCGCCUUUGCGAUGCCACUGCCCUAGACCUAGAUAUGUCCUCGGACUCCAACACCAGCUUCUCAUCACCAAGCUGGUCAGAAUACGUUCGCGGGAGCAUCUCUCCGCGUCCUAGCUCAGAGAACACAUCUGUCUCCGAGGCACCCCCUCCAGGAGGCAUGGAGAUGGUUCUCGACUUGAAUAUGAACACCGCAGCCAAUGUGCCCAAGAAACAGAAGCCUCGCUCCCAGGCACAGAAGGAGAACUACAUCAAGGCUCGGAAGUAUGGUGCUUGUGAGAAACACAAGAAGCAGCACAAGCGAUGCAACUGCCUGGAGAAGGCUGCUGCUCGUGCCGCUGCUAGCGACGUUCCAAUGAACGUCGCACUUCAAGAAAGGCCGAGGCCACCGAUGCUCCAAGUGCCAAUCCAAGAGGCACGCUACUCGGACUCGCCGGGUCACGACACAUCAUUCAACUCGUCUCAAGUGCUUCCAAUGAUCAAGGCGAUCAGGAAACCCACAAGCAGCUCAUCUGGGAUUGACCCAUCUAUGGGACUGCCUGUGGCAGUGCCAAUCACCAAGCAGAUUAUCAGGUCGAAUACUCAAAAGAGCACUCCGCCGGGACACGACAUUGUUCUCUUAUCUGGCAAGCCAGAUUCCAAGAACGUGUCAUGUCAAGACAUCGUUGUACCAUCGAGGAGAAGCGCUGCGAAGGGCCAGGCUGCAGGACACGACAUACUUCUAUCUGGCACGAACAUCGCAAACCACUCAUCCGCUGGACACGAGAUACUCUACACACAAGAGAGGAUCUCGAAGAAUGCAGCAAGUGGACAACCCCACGAUACAUGCAGUUCAGGUACACCUCGGCCGGUUCACGCAGCUGGGCUGCCAUCUGGCAGCUCGAGCUUGCGCUGGCGCGUUUCGACCUCGUCGGUUGGCGUUGUAAGUUCAGAGAGGGCCGACGUCAAGACGGCAUCCUCAGCGAACUAUCCGACUACCGACGUCUGUCACAAUCCAGGUCUGGAUGUGCACCGAACAAGGUCCACCCGGACCACAGAAGUUUCUGUGGUGCCAGGUACUACUGCUGGCAACCUUGGAAUGCGCCAUUCCACGUCGCUCGUGCGCAACUCUGGAAUCCAGGUACCCGGGCCAGAUAAUAAAGGAGUUUCAGAGAAACUUGCUAAGCAACUUGCAAUACUCUCUGGUUUGCAGUCUGUGCCAAAGGAGCUACUGGUAUCGCCGGCUCGCCGUGGGUCACCAAAUCUCGUUGGAAACGGAUUACGGGAUAACACCGAGAAUUGGCCACUGCUCAUCAGUAGAAAAAGUCUCCUUGUUGCGCCCGUUGUUGAAAGUGUUGGCCGCCUGCUUUCCAGUACUGCCUUGGCAUUUGCUGGUGCCUGGCAAUCAUCGAUGUCCAUAGCCUCCGGGCUUGAGGGCAUGGUCUGCAAAAGUCUGUCUCUCUUUGGCCGACAUAUCGUGUCUACAAAGAAAAGCUUAUAUAUGGGUGGACUCUGGCGCCUGGGCUGA